AUGGCGGUCAAAACUUUCCGUUUAGCCUUCGGUGCGGAGUACAAUGGAUGUCCAUCCCUAGCCCGUGAGGUCCCUAGUAUUUGUGAAGAUUUCCAAUACUCUAAGUAUUGUCCAGAUAGCUGUAGAUCCCACCAAUUGACGUGUAAUAACUGUCACGAUAUUCAUGAUCCUGGUCUCUGCACCAAAACAGCAACCUGUCAGCCAUCUGAGAGCUGUGUUAUCACUGCUGCUUUUGAUUCCUCCUUUAGAAUUACCUAUAGACAAGGCUGUUUUCCCAAACAGAAUUGCAGUCUUUUUGUCCAUGACAAUGUGUCCGGCCGGCGGAACACGGUCCUCCCCGGGGACUGCUGUUACACAUCCCGCUGUAAUCACUACAAACCGGAAACAGUCAACAAAACAUCUUUGACAUGUUAUUCCUGCUCUGAAACUACUCACCCUAGUGACUGUAAAGUGACCACUCAGUGUCACCCACACCAGUUAUGUGUCGUUACGCAAGCCUUAAACGCGGAUUUCAAAAUGGUGUAUAGGUUGGGUUGUAUGGAUCGGCAUCAAUGUGAUGCAUUUAGACAUGAUGGUCUUGGAAACCGACGCUCAAUUGUUGCUAGAGGAGAUUGCUGUGAACAUGAUCGAUGUAAUUCUUAUUCACCUGUAGAAAUCACAUCCCCUACAUUUAAUUCAAAAGACUGUGAAGACGUGGACAGCCAUGCUUGUCAUGCUUUGAGACAUGUCAAUCACACAGAUCGCUGCCAGGACGCACACUACGCCAACGUAUUUUGUCCUAAGACUUGUCAUACAUGCUUCCACUGCUAUAAUUGUUUCAUAUCGUCAAAAGUCCAGGACCUCAAUCUUUGUCCCAGGAGUAAUUACACGGUGUGCAGAAGAAAUUCGCAGUCGUGUGGUGUGGAAAUAUUCAACGAAAUUUCAAUGAUGACUUGCUUCAACGAUACAUUUUGUGCAGAUGCUGACGAUAUUCACAAACGAUGUUGUAAACACAAUUUUUGUAAUACAAUGGGAUCACUAACAACUACGACCACGACACAAAUGACGUCAACUACGAUCACAACACAAAUGACGUCAACAACGGAACUGACGACAUUUGGAUUCAUAACAAUUCCUCACAACCAGGCAACAACGACACCAUUUCAUUGGGCCACACUGGGUACGCCUCCUCACUCCACACAAUGGGUCACUUUACCAUGGUCAGGACAGGGACAAAGUCCUCCAUCAAGAAAAUAAAUAU